CUACCAAUUUAACACAUGGGAAUUUGUUGUCACUUCUCGCUGUUUCCAUCAGCUACAACUGGAAAGCAAGCUUUAUCUGAUAGUAUGUUGUAUGGAAACCUCAGUCGGUGGCUGAAGGCUACUUGAAAUGUACCCGUUAAAUAUGGGGAAGAAAAAGGACAUGAAAAGCAGGAGGUGUGAAGCAUUGCUCCUAAUGGGCAUCCAAGAACUGAGCUGGCCGGACUGCUGUUGAAGUGACAGCUUAGACACUGGGAAUAUAGGACUUAUGAAAAAAGCAGCAUAAAAGAUGGACAAGCAAGAUAGUGCCGAUCUUAAGUCUCCCAAAUCUUGGAUUGAAGAGGUCUUCAGUAAAAGAGAAUGCACGCACAUCAUUCCCAGUUCAAAAGAUCCUCACAGGUGUCCUGCAGGAUGCCAGGUGUGCCAGAAUUUAAUCAGAUGUUGCUGUGGGCGACUGAUUGGAGAUCACCCACGAGUAGACUGUAGCUGGCCUGUUUAUCAGGCUGCCCCACAGAGAGAUGGUGAAGAAUGGUCUGUGCAAAAGCACACAAAGACGAGCCCAACGGAUGCAUUUGGUACGAUCAAUUUUCAAGAUGGAGAUCACACUUACCAUGCCAAGUAUAUUAGACUCUCUUAUGAUAGCAGUUUGGAUCAGCUGUUGCACCUGAUGGUUAAAGAAUGGCAGAUGGAGUUGCCAAAGCUAGUGAUCUCUGUUCAUGGAGGCAUUCAAAAUUUCAAGCUUCCCUCGAAGGUCAAGCAGGUUUUCAGCAAAGGAUUGGUGAAAGCUGCUGAGACUACAGGAGCAUGGAUAAUUACAGAAGGCAUCAACAGCGGAGUGUCCAGGCAUGUAGGGGAUGCGCUGAAAGGCCGUGCCUCACCACACCUGAGAAAGAUCUGUGCUGUUGGGAUUCCUCCAUGGGGUAUCAUUGAGAACCAGAGGGAUCUCAUCGGAAAAGAUGUAGUUUGCCUGUACCAGACUCUUGGUAAUCCACUCAGCAAGCUAAGUACCCUCAACAGCAUGCAUUCUCAUUUUCUAAUGGCAGAUGAUGGGACAGUAGGCAAGUAUGGGAAUGAAAUGAUGCUCAGGAGGAAUUUGGAGAAGUACAUAUCACUUCAAAAAAUACACACAAGAAUGGGCCAAGGUGUACCCAUAGUUGGGCUGGUGGUGGAAGGAGGCCCCAAUGUCAUCCUAAUGGUGUGGGAGUACGUGAGGGCCAGCCCAGCUGUCCCCGUGGUGGUCUACGAGGGCACUGGCAGAGCUGCAGAUAUCCUGGCUUUUACCCACAAACACACGGGUGAUACGGGGGAGCUGCGGCCUCAAGUGAAGGAGGAGGUCUUAGUGAUGAUUCAUAACACAUUUAGCUUGGGACAGAAACAGUCCAGUCAUCUAUUUCACAUUUUGAUGGAAUGCAUGGAGCACAGAGAGUCCAUCACCAUAUUUGAUGCGGAGUCAGAAGAUCAGCAGGACAUUGAUUUGGCAAUUCUGACUGCACUCUUGAAAGGUACAAAUAUGUCUGCUUCAGAUCAGCUAGAUUUGGCGUUGGCCUGGAACCGGCUAGAUAUUGCCAAAAAACACAUACUCGUUUAUGGACAACACUGGAAGGUUGGUGCCUUGGAACAGGCAAUGAUGGAUGCUUUAGUGAUGGACCGCGUGGAUUUUGUGAAGCUGUUAAUAGAGCAUGGAGUGAACAUGCACCGUUUUCUUACCAUAUCUCAUUUGGAAGAACUCUACAAUACAAAACAAGGACCAUCAAAUCUACUUUUGCAUCACCUAGUUCGAGAUGUGAAACAGAAUACCCUUUCCUUGGAUUACAAGAUAUCACUGAUUGAUAUUGGACUGGUGAUAGAGUACCUCCUUGGUGGAGCUUAUCGGAGCAGCUACACAAGGAAGCAUUUCCGAAUUCUCUACAAUGAUCUCUACAGAAAACACAAGAGAGUGCUCUCCAGCUUUUCUCAGAGCCUGUCUCAUUCCCUUCAUCAGAGUAAUCAGACAGAUAGCAGAAUGGGAUCUGCUGAAAGUACUUUGCAUUCUCAGUUCUUCAGAACAGCACAGCCUUACAAAUGCAAGGAAAGAUCCACUGCUUUCCAUAAGUGCAAGAAGAAAUCAAAAGAGGAUAUAAACUUUACAGAGAACUAUGAGUCAUCUGGCUUUAUCUACCCCUAUAACGACCUCCUGGUUUGGGCAGUAUUAAUGAAAAGGCAGAAGAUGGCAAUGUUCUUCUGGCAGCACGGAGAGGAAGCCAUGGUCAAAGCUGUUGUGGCUUGUAAACUCUACAGGGCAAUGGCACAUGAAGCUAAACAGAGCAACAUGGUGGACGACACUUCAGAAGAACUCAAGAAGUACUCAAAGGAAUUUGGGCAGCUUGCCUUAGAUGUGCUGGAGAAAGCAUUCAAACAAAAUGAGCAGAUGGCCAUGAAGUUGCUGACCUAUGAACUGAAAAACUGGAGCAACUCAACUUGCUUAAAACUAGCAGUGUCUGUGGGGCUGCGGCCUUUCGUAUCCCACACUUGCACACAGAUGCUGCUGACCGAUAUGUGGAUGGGACGCCUGAAGAUGCGGAAGAACUCCUGGUUUAAGGUCAUUAUAAGUAUUCUCCUGCCUCCCACUAUCCUGAUGCUGGAGUUUAAAAGCAAGGCAGAAAUGUCUCAUGUGCCUCAGUCUCAAGACUUCCACCAGUUCACAUGGUAUCAUGGGGAUCAGAGCCCAACCAGCUCUAAAGAUGCCUUGUCUCUGAAGGAUUAUGAUGUGGAGAAGGUUACUCAGAAGUCUGAUGAAAGCCAAGUAGAUGGUGGACAAGGAAACCUGCCUGGCACUAGAAAAAUCUAUGAGUUCUACAAUGCACCAAUUGUCAAGUUCUGGUUUCACACGAUGGCGUACAUGGCAUUUCUCAUGCUCUUCACUUACACUGUGUUGGUGAAGAUGGAACCAAGACCGAGUGUGCAAGAGUGGCUUGUUAUCAUUUAUAUUUUCAGCACUGCUAUUGAAAAAGUCAGGGAGGUAUUUAUCUCAGAACCUGGAAAAUUCCGCCAAAAAGUGAAGGUGUGGAUUUAUGAAUACUGGAAUUUUACUGAUUCUGUAGCUAUCGUCCUGUUUAUGAUUGGUUUUGGCUUGCGGUGGUCGGGCCCCCCUGUUCAAACUGCAGGGAGGCUGCUUUACUGCUUGGAUAUAAUAUUUUGGUAUGCUCGGCUCCUUGAUCUUUUUGCUGUGAAUCAGCAUGCUGGCCCAUACCUGACAAUGAUUGGAAAAAUGACAGCAAACAUGUUCUAUAUCGUGGUCAUGAUGGCCAUAGUCCUGCUGAGUUUUGGAGUGUCCCGAAAGGCAAUCCUUUCACCAGAGGAGCCUCCUUCUUGGACUCUGGCACGAGAUAUUGUGUUUCAGCCCUACUGGAUGAUGUUUGGUGAGGUCUACGCUGGAGAAAUAGAUGUCUGUGAAACCAAUGAAGACUGUCCUCCUGGCUCCUUCCUCACGCCAUUCCUCCAAGCUGUCUAUCUCUUUGUGCAGUACAUCAUCAUGGUCAACUUGCUUAUUGCUUUUUUUAAUAAUGUUUAUUAUGAUUUGAAAUCCAUAUCGAACAAGCUCUGGAAGUACAACCGGUACCGCUACAUUAUGACCUACCAUGAAAAGCCAUGGCUGCCUCCACCUUUCAUCCUCUUGAGCCACAUUGGACUUCUGAUAAACCGCAUCUUCCACCAUCGGCCCCCAAAUGAGAUGGAUCAAGAGGAAGGCGAUGUUGGACUAAAGCUGUACCUGAGUGAUGAGGAGUUGAAGAAACUCCAUGACUUUGAGGAACAGUGUGUGGAAAAAUAUUUUCAUGAGAAGAAUGAGAGCUUGAGUUCCAGUGACAGUGAAAGGAUUCGUCUGACAACAGAAAGAGUGGAGGAGAUGUUUCUGCAGCUUAAAGAAGUGCAUGAGAAGGUAUUUUAUAUCAAGGAGUCUUUACUCUCCCUGGACAGCCAGCUAGGACAUUUGCAAGACCUGUCUGCCUUGACAGUGGACAUCCUGAAAGUGCUUUCAGCUGUAGACACCUUGCAGGUGGAAGAAGCCUUACUGGCUGACACAAAACAUCGAACCUGUAGGAAGCUGCCCCACAGCUGGAGCAAUGCGCUCUAUUCCAAGACCUUGAGCAGCCUCGAGUGUUUGUAUGACAAGAAGUACCACUACUACAGCAUGCCACCCUCCCUCUUACGGAGCUUGGUAAGGAGUCAGUGGCCAUCAGAGUGCAAAGACCAUGUAUUGAGGACUGAGAGUAACAAGGUGGUAGAAGACAGCUCUCGAAAGGUAGAAAUAGAAAGUGACACACUCACUUCGGGAGUAUCCUCUGAGACUAAGUCAACGCCUAGAUAUGGACAAUUUUUGCUGGUGCCCCCUGACCAUCAGGGAGGGUCUUUAUCUGAGGAUGUUACCUUAAAUUUGUCCUUUCUGAGCACUCCUGCCAAGUACAGGGACAAUGCAUUCAGAGAUGAACUGCAAAGUAACAUUGUGGUGCAGCAAAACUUGCGGAGUGUGGGCCUCAUUGGAAAAGAGCCAGAAGAUUAUCAAUGGAGCCAGAGAGACCUUGCUAUUCACUUGCCAUCAGAAAAGACUAAUGCCGCAGAGGCUGAUCAUCCUCUUGGUCUCCAGCCAUCGCUGGAUGUUGAAGAGAGUGCAGAACUCUCCUGCAACGACAGGGAAGAAACUGAAGGUGGUUAUGUGAACUGGGGAUUCUCUGAAGGUGAUGAAAAAGGGGUUUUCAGCUCAGGGAAGAAAGAAAAGAAGCACUUGUGCAUACAUUCCACCUAUAACAAUGAAUGCAAUUGCAUAGGUAGUCCUCCCAGGCAUGUGCAGAUAAGAGAAUCAAAGUCCUUCUCCUACAACUCUGACAGGUCACAUCACAGCAGCACCAUCUCUCACAACAAGCUAAAACGCAGCACCUCCUUCUGGAUCAGCCCGCUCUGGAGGGACUGGAGUUUCUGCAGGAGCAACAGCUUACAGUCACCAAAGAAGGAGAAAAGAGGGAAAACCUUUAAGGCCACAGGUGAGUCUUUACAUUCCAGUGAGCUGCACCACAGUGAGGCAACAAAAGCAAAACAACAAAACAGAGACAGAAAGUCUGGGAGAGGAAAGAAGAAUCAAAAACCCCUUCAGGUGCCGGUGAUUAGAGUGGAUGAUUGUCCCCAGAACACCCAAGUGAGCUCAGAGCCAGCGGAGAUCAAUGUCUGGGAUGAGCAAGAGAAACACAGCAAGAACUGGCUCACUGUGUCUAAUUUCAGUCAGUUGAGUUUGGAACGUCUCAGUUACAUGCACCAGAAAAUGAAAAAUCAAGACAUCGGUAGGCAUACCAUACCGUUCUGUGAUUACCUGAGGCAUUCUCGAGAGACUUUGAAUAAUAGCGUAUUUGGAACCACCAAGAAAAGUAAUCUGAACAGGAACUCCUCGUUAAGAACUUCAGAGGAAACUGACAAUAUCUUCACCUGCUUGAAAACAUCUCAAGAUCUGCAUCAUCACUACUCAGCUGUUGAAAGAAACAACUUAAUGAGACUUGCUCAGACCAUACCAUUUACACCAGUCCAGCUCUUUGCUGGAGAGGAAGUGACGGUCUAUCGGCUAGAAGAAAGUUCACCUAUGAACCUUGAUAAAAGCAUGUCUUCCUGGUCCCAGCGUGGUAUGGCUGCGAUGAUCCAAGUCUUGUCACAGGAGGAGAUGGAUGGGGGUCUGCGGAGGGCCAUGAAGGUCAUUUGUACUUGGUCUGAGAAUGAUAUAUUAAAGUUGGGACAAGUAUUUAUUGUGAAGUCUUUUCUGCCAGAGGUGGUUCAGACUUGGCAAAAGAUCUUUCAUGAUGGCACAGUGUUACAUCUCUGCCUGAGGGAGAUCCAACAGCAAAGGGCUGCCCAGAAAUUAAUCUAUACCUUCAAUCAAGUGAAGCCUCAUACUAUUCCCUAUACGCCAAGUUAUCAAACCAAGAAAGCCUUUCUGCUGCCCACCAUUUGGUACCUCCUGCUGUUCAAAACACUCCAGCUAGGGGAAGCUGUGUCCUCCUUUUGGUUCCUGGAAGUUUUCCUCAUCUACUGCCAUUCAGCGAACCAGUGGCUGACCAUUGAGAAGUACAUGACUGGUGAGUUUCGGAAAUACAACAACAACAACGGAGACGAGAUUACUCCCAGCAGCUUGCUGGAAGAGCUGAUGCUGGCCUUCUCUCACUGGACCUACGUGUACACCCGUGGGGAGCUCCUUGUCCUGGAUUUGCAAGGUGUCGGGGAAAACCUUACAGAUCCAUCUGUGAUUAAACCUGAAGACAAAAAAUCUGGAAAGAUGGUAUUUGGACCAGCAAACCUAGGAGAAGGUGCAAUAAGAAACUUCAUCACAAAGCAUCGUUGUAACUCUUGCUGCAGGAGGCUGAAACUUCCUGAUUUGAGAAGAAAUGACUACACACUGGAAAGGUUCAGUCCAGCCUUUGAAAUAGAAAUGGAGACAAGCACCAGAGAAGCUGAUGAUGCAGACGAGCCUUUGGAGUAUGACACGCGGCUGUGAAGCAGUGGCUGUAAGCAGAGCCUGUGUGUUUGCGUGCUCAAAACCAUUCCCCUUAUCGCUGCCAUGGGUCAGUCCAAAAGAACAAAAUGCAGUGUCUCAGUGCAGCAUCUGUCUGCCCUCGACAGACCCUAUAGGCAAGGAAUAUAAAAAAAUUAUACUCCACUUCCGUGCUUUUAUGCUGAUCUUUCUCGUACGGUUCAGUGAAUAGCCAGGAGCAGGUCACCCCUUAGCUGGAUGAACUGUCUCAUUGGUGGCUUUUUUUUUUUUUUUAAAAAAAAAUGUGGAUUAUGGUUCCAAAUUGUGUUUUCUCAGGAAAAUAACUGUGACAAGCAUAUUUCCAAGGAGGAGUGAUUUGAUGUUUCUGUCUCUGCUCUUUAGUAAAUGUAUUCAGUAAACUGAAUGCAUACACACAUGCAAAUCAUUCAUUUUCAGAGGCUGAGUCCAUUCAGCCCCAUGCUCACUUUUCCUUGGGCAUAGGAGGCUCUCCAGGAAAUUGCAGAAAUAUUUCUUUCUCUUUAUUGUUGAUUUUGAUACAGACACAAACCAAGAAUGUAUGAGUAAUGAAUUAGUGGUUUAAACAACAGUCAAUGAUAUAGCAGGUAGACUGAAAAAUUUUGUGGGAGCUUCACCUUAAAUUCUUUUCACAUAUCAAGAGAAAGGUGAACAAUGAAUGCUUAGAUUAUUGGAUCUACAUUUUGAGUUGAUGAAAUUGAUAAAUCUAUGAUCUUUAGCACAAACAUAAAGAAUAACCUUCAACGUGAUACAACUUUUAACCAGGACCUGCCUACCUUUAUAAUAUUUUAGCUUCAGAACAUUUUAGAGUUGUAAUUGGCAACAAAGAUUUUAGAAGUCACAAAGAAUAAUACAUUCCAUUUGGUAUGCAAUUUCUUGUUGUCUAUUUCAGGCUGUAUGUAGAACUUUUGUCUAACAGUGGUGCAAUUAUAUGUAUGCUUUUGCAGUAUCUGCAUCUGUUUCUAUUGAUGUAAUCUGAUCUCGGUAGAAGUUCACAAAACACAAAAAUCAAUUAUGUGCAAUAUUAUUUUUCUAGAAUAAAGAUUGAAAUGAUGUGCUCAGCAGAAAUAUCUCUGAUGCAACUAAUGUUGUAUUACAGAUUACAUCUAUCAUUAAAGCAACUUUGUACUUUCAAAUUGAGUAGAAAUACCUAAUCUUGAAAUGUAAGUCAACAGAAAACUUUAUGCUUGAAUAAGAAACAAAAUCAUAUUUCCACCACAGCUGAUAGUAAAUUUUAAUGUGUAAGGGGACUAUUUGAUUUGGUAUAUUUAGAAAAUGUCUGUGUACAAAUACGAAUUAGAAGUUAUAUGUUCCCAGUUUUUGUAGUGUUUAUGAUAUUGAUGAUGGUAUUGAAAUAAUCACCUGCACCAUGUUCAGCUCAGAUGCCUUCAGUACCUGAGAGCAUCUUGAACAGGUUCUUCUUGCUUUUUAUCUUUUUAAAAAUAGUUUUAUAAGGGGUUUUUUUUGUGGAAAACCCCCUCCUUUGUCCCUAUUAGAUUAUACUAUUCAUUUUGCAAAAAAAUAUACUUCCUUUUGGCUUUUUUGGAAGCAAUUCAAUGUAUCAGAUGGCUUAACUUGUCUGUGAAAAAGAUUGUUUAAUUGCAUCUGUACAGAAUGAUGGUGGAUUUUGAUCCCUUUGCUGGUAAAGUAGUAGUUCUGCUUCUAGUGAUUACUCUCUUAAAAUCUGGCUUUAGGGAGAUAUGUGCUUACAUGCAUACACAUCUACUUUAAAGGCAGGACUUUCUCUAAAUGAUCUCUAACUGUUAAUAUGCUUUUAAAUUCAGUUAAGUUAAAUGACACAUAAAUAAAGCCAAGGACAAUUUAAGUCCUGCCCUGACAGUGUUUUCUUCCAUCAUUGCCAUAAAUUCUGAACACAUAUGUAUUAGACGCAAAAAAAUAAACUCCACACCAGGCUGGGCCUGAGUACCUUUUGUUUCUUUUUAAGUUUUGAAGAUAUGCACAAGUGAUACUUCAGAUGGUCUUUUCUUAACAACCCUCCUGUUGCCUUCAAGAGUGGCUUCUGCAUUCAUAGCAAUACUUGGGAGAAUUCUUACAGUAUAUAGCUCAGCAUAGAUUCAUUUUACUCGUUUUGUACCCAUCAAGGUACAUACUACCUUUCCCUCAAAUUGGGGACCUUGCAAGAUACUAAUUUUCCAUGCAUGGAGACACUAAGUUGAAAAAUUCCAGUUAUUCUGCUGGUUAACUAAUUUUGCCUCACCUUUCUUUUUGCACUUUUUUUGGAAGGGUUGAUUCACAUUUCACUAAACUGUAAAGUUUAGGGUAAACUUCCCUCCCCAACUUCGUCAUAGUUCAGUAAUAAAUUAUAAGGAAAAUAAUUUGAAAAAGUUAUUCUGUACAUUCUUUAAAUUGUCUUUUGAUGUCUAAAUACUGACCUGAGAUUGAAGUCCAUGCCCACUGAAAACAAGAAAAAAACCCAGCAGCCUUUAACAGGAACAGCAAUAAGCCCCGUACUAAAUAUAUGGUGCAUGUGGAAUGAAAGAUAUGCGGGACAGGGUUCUUUCUCUAGCUGCUUGAUGAUGAGUGUGGAAGAGGAAAUCUUGCAUGUCAAACUGUAGUUUGUUAGUUUCGAUUUUUUUUUUUUUUUUUUUGCUUAAAAGCACAUUCAGGAAUUUAUUUUAUACUUCUGGUGGGUUCAGGAAAAAAAGUCCUGCUUACUUUGCUCAAAUAAGUCAGGCAGUAAAGUUCUGAAAAAAAAAAUAAAUAAACCAAAGUACUUAUAAACUCACAUUUUAAUAUGAGCUUAAAAGAAGCUUACUUAGGAAUUCGGUUGAGAUUACUCAAAGCAAAAUGUGUUUCUGGCAGCUACUGCAUUGGAGAUGUAGCUUAAACAUGAAAAAUACUCAUAAAUUACAAACCUCAUUCUUGGGAAGGCUUUUUUCAUCUCUUUUAUUCAUAAUUGUGGUGUAUAUGGGGUUAUUAAUUUAUUGUUAGUGCAAUAAAGAAAGAAGGGAUAUUACAUCUAUAUUUUCUAGAAAUUGAUUUGUAUUUGUUGUGGUUUUGUCAAUCGAUUUCAUACUGUUUCAAAAGAAUAAAAACACAUUUUCAAAAUGUUUCUAUUCUUGAUGGUUGUAGAAUGAAAUAAUAUGUUUUCAAGCAAUAAGGUAAAAAGGUGAAAGUAACAUACAGAAAAUAAUGCAGAAAUUUUUAUUUUUAA